UAGAUUUGGGUUACCUUUUUCUGAAAAGCACUGCAUGCCUAUAUGUAUUUUUUUUCCAAUUUCUAUUCAGUUGUUCUUCUCAGUACUGUUCAAUUUCUUGUCGUCAUCUUGCUCUUGAUUGUGGCAUUUGCUUUGGCCUUCAACGCCUUACUUUUAAAUCAGACUGAUUUCCAUUCGUUCGGGAACGCCUUUCUUCGAACGUUUGCCAUGACGACAGGAGAGCUGGAUUUCAGUCGGAUGUUUCACUCUCAGAACUACCUUGGGACUACGAAUGACAGCCCAGUCGAAGAGUACAUUCUGACUGCUGUCUUCUCAAACACCAUCACCAGCAUCACCUUUGUUGUCUUUGUCAUCACGAUGCCCAUCAUUGCCAUGAACUUGUUGGUUGGUGUGGCCGUUGAGGAUAUUCACCGCAUAAGGCAGAAGGCAACAUUCUAUUACAUGAAGUUAAAGGUGGAUCGUGUAAUAUCAGGAGAGAAUAUGGCUUUUGGUACCCCACUAUGUAAAUACGUCAUAAGAUGGCUUCCUAUCACGGUCCAGUCAAUGAACAUGCGACUUUCACGUCAAUCCAGAGCAGCAAGGUUUCGUUCUUGGUUUACUUCUGUCUUCGAUUUUGAAAAGCUUCGAGAAAGCGUUCGAGAGGUCUGUUUGAAGAACCAGGAGAGAAAAGAACUUCGCGCAAAGAGUUCAUCUAGCAGUCAGGGUGACCAGACCGAUGGUGGAACUGACCAAACCGUACUUCAAAAGCUACGUCAACUGCGAGACGAAAUCGAUGGAAUGAUAGGUCAAGUUGAACAUAGUACUGCCUAAAUGUAUAGGCAAAGUAAACAGAAACGGCGAGCGGAAUUAUGCACGUCUGUGCUAAAUAUUCAUUCUACAGAUGUCUUUCUCGAGUUUCCACUCCCUUUAAUUGUUCAUGUGU